AUGGAUUCUUAUUGUCUUGGUAACACCAAAGCUAAAUUUCACCCUUUUUCUCCACCUUCUAGUUUCCUUGCACCAAUUUUCAAGAUUUCUUCAGUUCAACCUUUGCACAACGAAGAAUCACGUAAAUUUUCCAAGUUGAAGUGUGCAAAGGGACCCACAGUUUCUAAGUUGGAGUUGGAAAUAAAUCAGGAUGAUAUGGAUAUGGAAAAAGAAUUGAUCGAAAUGAGGAGAAUGGAGGGCAAGUGUAAAGGGAUAAGUGGUGGAAUAGUUGAAUUGUUGGAGUGUUUGGAAAGAGAAGCAAUUAUGGGUGAGGAUGAGGGCAAAGAACCAACAGAUUAUAAUAGGAGGGCUCAGAUAUUUGACAAGAGUUCUAAAGUUUUUCAAGCUCUUAGAGAGAGAGAUAUGGCUAGUAGCAUAUAGUUGUGACUUUGAUACUCUUCUACACAUGUAUACAACAGUUCAAAUGUUUGUAAUUGGCAAAGAAUAAAGGUGACAACAGAUAUAUGUAGAAACUCGGGUAAUAUAUAUAUAUAUAUCCUUCUAGUA